GCACAGACGUAGGGACAGGGCGUGGCAGUGGAGAAUGGAGUGGCUCUGUUGCUGUAUAAGACCGGGGGAAGGACACCGGAACGUGUAUGUGGAGAUCGGGACAGUCAUGGCGGAUUCCUUCACCUACUUCAGGGGCUACGUACCGUCGGAUGUUGCAGCUGGGAUUGCUCUCAUGGCCAUGGAACAAAAGGCAGAGCACAGUGUUGAAGACCCUCUUCAUAAAGACCUCCAUUCACCACUUGACUUUCAUAGCACUUCGGUGUGUGCCCAGUACAACAGAGUGGUCUACUACGUCAGGUAUGCAACUGCAGCCUAUGGAUGGAAGAUUGACUACCACAACAAUGCUCUACGAGGCAUAGCUACGUCCCUUGGCAGAAUGUGUGGUGUAGGUAAGAAGAAGGGAGAGACGGUGUUGAAGGCAAGAGGUGAUCCACUGGGGUGGAACCUGGACAAUCUCAAACGUCUCACCAGAGUUACCGACACUGAUAUCGUCUUUGUCUCAUUUGCCAGUGAAGUCUUUUGUCCAGCAUUCUAUGUGGUGGUGGAUCACUCUCAAAAGACUGUGGUAGUCGUUAUUAGGGGUACCUUCAGCAUCAAGGAUGCUCUGACUGAUCUGAGUGCACAGCCAUCACUACUAGCCAUAUCAGAG